AUUUAAUGAUAGAAUCCGUGACAAUGAGAAUAAGUAAACAAGCUGUCAAUCUAUUUCAUACGAUUUACGCAAACCUUACUCAUAAUCAGUGUGGUAAAAUUUCGCUGCAGCGGUGUUUUGUCUAGAAAGAUGUUCUGUUAAGAAAAUGACUGAAUUCUUGCCUCAUCAUCAAUAGACAGAUGCCGUUCUUCAUAAAUAUCAGGCUACCAGAUAAGAGCUCUCUAUUGUUGGAGAUAGAAAAGGAAUGGACUACAGACAAGUUGAAAGAAGAGAUCAGCACUAAAACAAAACAUCUUGAUAAAAACAGUAUCAAAAUCAUCUUCUGUGGACAGGAGAUCAGUGGUGAAGAAACACUUAAAGGGUAUGACUUGGGAGAAAACAGCACACUACAUGUGAUUGAAGUUAAAAGUGCUGGGGAAACAGCUAAAAUAUUUGGACCUGCUGCUGGAAUCCAAAGAGAAAUUGCAGGUGAAGGCAGAAGAGUGAAAUACUUUGUGUAUUGUAAAGCUGUCUGUGGAUCGGUUCAGCCAGGCAAGCUCAGAGUGAGGUGUAAAUUAUGCAAAGAUGGAGCAAUAACAUUAGAGAGGGAACCCAGAGGCUGGAUGGAUGUCUUGAGACAAAAUGUUAUAGGAAUCACAUGUCACACAAAAGACUGUACUGGCAAUAAAGCUGAGUUCUACUUUAAAUGUGGCCAGCACUCUUCUGUUGAUGAUUAUGAUGCAGUGGUUCUGAACCUUGUCUGCACUAACACAACAGAUGCAGUAUGUCUCACAUGCGGUGAUAUAAGCGAUCCAGUAUUGAAGUUCCCCUGUGCAGUGCAGCAUAUCAUGUGUUUGGAGUGCUUUAGGGAAUACUGUCUUAGUAAAUUGAAUGAGAGAGGAUUCCAGGCACAUCCAGAAUAUGGUUAUACAGUGGCCUGUCCUGCAGGGUGUGAGGAUUCACUGAUUCAAGAGUCCCAUCACUUCAGGAUAAUGGGCAAUGAACAGUACAGCAGAUAUCAACAGUUUGGAGCUGAAGAAUGGGUGUUGAAAGAAAGGGGUGUUCUAUGCCCCGCCCCUGGGUGUGGUCAGGGAUGGAUCACUAAUGACAGUGGGCGGAGACUCCAAUGUAGUGAGCCUCAGGGGUGUGGGAUGGUGUUCUGUGCUGAAUGUCGCGAAGCAUAUCAUGAAGGGGAAUGUGAUCUUGCAUCUAUACAACAGGGUGCCAUAGCAUCGAUAAAUUCGGCUGAUUUAUCCCAGACCCAACAAGAUAGACUACAGUCCCUGGACACUAUACAUAAGACUACCAAGUCAUGCCCAAAGUGCAGUACUCCUGUUGAGAGGAGUGGGGGUUGUAUGCACAUGCACUGUAUACGAUGUAAGCAUGAAUGGUGCUGGUUGUGUUUAAUUGAAUGGAACAGUGAGUGCCAGUCAGACCAUUGGUUUGGAGAUAACCCCUUAAAUAACCCCCUCAACUACCAUAUAGAGUUCAUUGACUGAAUUACCCCCUAAACUACCAUGUGGAGUUAAUGACAAUUGCAGUAAGAACACCCCCUCACAGACGUGCCAUAUAAGGAAUCCCAUGGAACCACACCACAAUAUUCCCACAACUAUAAUAUAUGGAGUCCAUGGACUAUACAAGAACAUUUCCUCAAUCAUCAUUUUAUGGAUUCAGAUGAUUAUCCCACCGAACAAAGUUUGAGGGGGAUAUAGGAAAGCCGUCUGUCCGGGCAAUAACUCAAAUACCUGUUGACGGAUUUGAUUCAAAUUUUAUAG